AUGGUUCACAAGGUCCUUCUUUGGGGCGGACUUGGCAUCGCCGCACGACUAUGGCAACUCGGAAUCGAGAUGCGCCCGCUCUUCAACAAGGAAUCUCUUUGGGUCUAUCCCGUCUUCGCGGGCAUCGGCGGCAGCUUUGGCUACUGGCUCAUGGGUGUCGAACAGCGACAAUUCAGGAUGUUGGCCGACCGACGAGAUGCACUCUUGGAGAAGCGAGCACGAAGAAGGGAGCGCGAAGCGGCAGCUAGCAAGGACUCGUAG